AUUUGUACCGAACACCAUUACGUGCCCUUUUGGUGGGGUGAGUGGAGAGUCUUUGGAUUCUUUUUCUUAACGGUAAGCAAAAUAAAACAAAACAACCCAAAGCAAAGUAACCCUCCAAACAACAACACAUCCAAUGCUUAACGUUAUCCAACAAUUCUGACUAUGACCCUUCGCCUAAACGUACUAUUUCAGGACAUUAAUUCCUCACUCAUUCACUCACUUCAAAUUUCAAACCAAACCCCACAUUCACACAAUUUCAAAAAAUUAAAUCCAAUAAUACCCAAAAUGCCCAUUGCAACAAAGCUCCACGUUCGUUCUAAUUCUAAACCGCGAGCGAUUUUGAAACCAGGUGGAAACAUAGUUCCGGUUCAUGAAGAAACAACGAAAGUUACGAAACACAACAAGAAGAAAACACAGGGUCCAAGAAAACAAGUGACGGAAAUCUCUGACUCUGAUGUUGUUGUCGGAAGUAACGUGUGUUUGGAUUUAGACAGCACAUGUUCCUCGGAUUCCUCUUCUGUCAAAAAGGUCAACUCUGUGAAUGGAAAUGGAAUUUCAAAGAUGAAGCGCAACAACGGGUUUAAGCCACCGCCGGUGAGAGAUGCUGCCCACGUGUCUCCGCCUUGUAAGGGUGAGCCACCGUCCAAGACAUGCGAUUGGAUCACACCAAAUUCAGACCCUAUUUAUACUGCUUUCCAUGACGAAGAAUGGGGUGUUCCAGUUAUUGAUGAUGAUACAAAGCUAUUUGAGCUUCUAAUAUUUUCACAAGCACUAGCAGAACACACUUGGCCAACCAUUCUUAACCACAGAAACAUAUUCAGGAAAUUUUUCGAAAAUUUUGAUCCAUCCUCAAUUGCACAGUUUAAUGAGAAGAAGUUGCUAACACCCAAAAUAAAUGGCAACCCUUUGUUAUCAGAACAAAAGGUCCGCGCCAUUAUGGAAAACGCUAAACAAUUACUUAAGGUUCAGCUCGAGUUUGGUUCAUUCAGCAAUUAUUGUUGGAAAUUCGUUAACAACAAACCGAUAAAAAAUGAAUAUCGAUACGGACGUCAAAUACCUGUGAAAACUCCGAAAGCGGAUCUCAUUAGCAAGGAUUUGAUGAGAAGAGGUUUCCAAUGUGUUGGACCAAAAGUAGUUUAUUCAUUCAUGCAAGUAUCAGGGCUAGUUAACAACCAUUUAUUAACAUGCUUCAGGUACCAACAAUGCAACGUGAGAAUCAAAAAUGAAAUUAAAACAGAAUAGGUUAAGUAAAAAAAGACAUGAAAUGUAAGGCUGAUUGUAUUUGUUGAUUCUUUGUUACUAUGUUUGUAGUUUUAUGCCACCUUAUCUAACCAGAAAAUGAUAGGUCUUAUCUUGUGUUUUAUGUUGUCCCCACGUGAAAUUGUAUGUUUGUUUUGGGGUAUUUGCUGAUAGGUUGUUGUUAUGUUCUCUGUUUCUCUGUUGUGUAAUAAAUUGAUAAUGCUUCUAUGUCCCACUAUUUGUUAUGAUGUUGCACUUUUUUGGAA